AUGUAUAAAAAAGGUACACUCUGCACAAUCAUCUGCGUACACCAACUUCUUUCGACAGCUGCUCUCACUUCCCCCUUUUCCCAUCCACACCCUCGCAUCUCAUCCCCCUACGGUUUCCACGAGCUGCUUUCCCUCGAACCUCCUCAAUUUGCUUCCCCUCUGCUCCCUCCUAUUCCUCCCACCUCCAUCUGCACGCGCGUCGUGAUGGCUUUGGUGGACUACGAGCGCGUGGCACGGGCCGUGAAGGAGUGGCCCACGUGGGUGCUGCGGAAGGCCAAGGUUGCAGCGCAGUACGGCUUCGUGCCGCUCGGCCACGAGGGGCGGGACUCCGUGUACGUGCACGCGUCCACCCCCGCCUUCGCCUUCCCGCCUGACUUCACCUUCCGAGUGGCGCUCAUCCCAGGCGGCAAGGUGAGCCCACGUGGCGUGGGGGACUUCUCAAUGGUGGCGGCGGAGAGGAAGCUGCUCGCUGGCGCCUUCUUCGACCCUCUCAACGCCUUCUUCGCCCUCCUCUCCGACUCGCACCAUGACAAGUACCGCAUGGGGUUUCGGCGCUACGAGCGGCACAUCUUCAGUCCGCUCAUCUGCAAGGAUAACUAUGUGGGCGGCAGACAGGUGGGGCGAGGGGCAGUGCUAAUGGCAGCAUGUCACCCCUGCUGCAAGUGUGGGUGCAUUGCUGCUUUGCACUCUGCUGCUGGCGCUCUUUUCCCAUUGCCCAACGCGGCGCUCAUGUGA